UAAUGUAAUGGUUGGACAAGAUGGUCCUUGAGUUAGUUCUCUUCCAACUACAAAACUAGGUAGAUAUGCAUGUUACUUUACGCUUGUCUGAUAAGCUACACUUGUUCUCCUCUAGUACAGAUUCCUGGGGGGAAAAACAGUUCUAAGGGCCCGUCAUUCCUUGUUGCUAAAUUAUGUCUUUAGGGAUGCAAUUCACUCUUUUCUGCCAUUGGGGGAGGAUAGAGGUAGCCAGUACAUUGACUACAGUAUUAUCUAGAAGCCUGAAAUAGGACAUUUGCCUUCCUAAGCAACUAGAGAGAACAGAGACUGUUAGCAAUAAAACAGCUCUAUAGUAUUUUGCAAUUGUAAAGAGUUUUAUGAGCAUCUAUCACUUUUGUGAAGCAAUGAGCAGCAUCCUUCCUAUUUUAAACAUGGAAUUAACGUGGCAUAGAAAGAAUCGGAGGUUGGAUUAAACACCAGUAGAAGCUUUUGGAUUUUCCAUAGCCUUUGAUAACCAGAUAUGAACCCAAAUAAGCCAUGGUUGGAAUCCACAGACAUCCGAAUAAGGAUGAAGCCCUGCAUACCUGCUCAAGCCAUGUGGGUAGAAGGCUGAAAGGUCAGAUUCUUGCAGAUUGGUUUCAGUCCCAGGAGGGUUAGCAAAAUAGAAAUGGAGGUAGGUGUUGGAAGAGGGUUGAUGAAAAUGUAAAGCAGCAUUUGGUAGGAACCAGAGCUCUUAUGUAUGCCCAAGGUUUUCUCCCCAAUCCCACAUCUGCGUCUUCUUUGGCGCUCUCAUCAUUUCUUCAAAAAUGCACUUCCCCAGGGGGCUCCAAAAUAGUAGAGAGGGGUGGUGCGCGGGCGGUCAAGAGGUGACUUCAUUCUGUGAAUCUGCACGCCACCUUCCCUCAGCUCCCUCGUCACCCCACUCCCAUCCAACCUGCGCCCCUCCGCACUGUCCCUUCAUUUCUCAGUCCCAGCCCGCCACUCUCUCAGCUCCCCCGCCCCCUCUCCCUGCGCUCCUCGGGGCGAAGAGGAGGAAGGGGCGGGCAGGAGCUGCUGCCGUUGCUGCCGCUGCUGCUGCUGCUGUCGCUGCAUCCACCGCCGCGCCAGGCAGCCAGGCAGGCAGACGGGCGGGCAUUUCUCCUCCCACUGCCAGUGCCAAGAGCGCGGAGCUCCGGCCGUGGCCCCUUCGCGGGCUUCAUUCUCCUGCACCGAGGGGAGCCAGGACAGAGGCCCCCCGAGAAGCACGGAGCCCAGGCGGGGACCCCCGGCCCCCAGGGUCAGGACAGCCCCCGCCCGCAGCUGCAAGCAUCCUCACGGGGCGCCAGCCACGAUGCUGUCCGCGCCUGCGGCGGGAGCAGCUCCAACGGAGCAGGGCUAACCUGCUUUCCCUGGCCGGUGCCCCCCCCCAUCCCCUCCCCUCCCGGGGCCGCCCCGAAGCCCCCCGGGCCCCAGCCAUGGCGAAGCAGUACGAUGUGCUUUUCCGGCUGCUUCUGAUCGGGGAUUCCGGGGUCGGCAAGACCUGCCUCCUGUGCCGUUUCACGGACAACGAGUUCCAUUCCUCCCACAUCUCCACCAUCGGAGUUGACUUUAAGAUGAAGACAAUAGAAGUAGAUGGCAUCAAGGUUCGGAUACAGAUUUGGGAUACUGCGGGGCAGGAAAGAUAUCAGACCAUCACCAAGCAGUACUACAGACGGGCCCAGGGAAUAUUUUUAGUCUAUGACAUCAGCAGCGAGAGAUCUUACCAGCACAUCAUGAAGUGGGUCAGUGAUGUGGAUGAGUAUGCACCAGAGGGAGUCCAGAAAAUCCUUAUUGGAAAUAAGGCUGAUGAAGAACAGAAAAGGCAAGUGGGAAGAGAACAAGGCCAGCAGUUGGCUAAGGAGUACGGCAUGGACUUUGAAACCAGUGCCUGCACCAACCUCAACAUAAAGGAGUCCUUCACUCGUCUGACGGAGCUGGUUCUGCAGGCACACAAGAAAGAGCUUGAUGGUCUCCGAGCGCAUGCCAGGGAGGAGUUGGCGCUGGCUGAGUUGGAAGAGAAAGACAGCAAAACUGAGGGCGCAGGGAACUCUUCCAAAAAUUGCUGGUGUUGAGGAACCCAUGCAGGGCAUCCCCUUGCUCUGUGCCACAUUUUCCCCUCCACAGACCAGGGGACAGUAAAGGGCUCUGGGUCUCACUCCCCUACUGCUCUCCCCCCCCCCCCAGAUAACUUCCUUGAUUGUCAGUAGGUAUCACUGUCUAGCUCCUGGAGCGGGGUUCCUGGGCUCUGUUAGUGACCUUCUCUUCCCCUCCAGGCACUGGUGUUCUCAACUGUUUUCCCUGAGCCUUGGGCUUCCUGUGUUCCCAAGAUGUGUAGUGAUGAGCAUCUACAACCUCCAUCCCUUACUCCCCCUUCUUGCUUCUUUGAGCCCUUCCCUCCCUAGAGUGCCUGAGACCAUAGCCACAUCCACUCUUUUGCCUCUCUGUCUCACACACACACACACACACACACACCCAUGAUUCUCCUACCCUUUGUUACUGUCAGUGGUGUCAGUCCUUCCAUUCCUUUCUUCCCUCUGUUUCCUUUUGCCUGAAGUGGGAGCUAGUUUAAGGAACUGGAGCCAAUUUUGAGUCUUUUUUAUUUCUAUGCUCUCUGCCACAGGGACUACCACCACCUAUGGACUUCAUUCCCAUGCCCCAUCUUUUUUGCACUACAUUUUCCAGUGUUGUGAAGAAGCUGGGAUGGAGCCGGGCAGAGGGAGUGAGCACCCCACUGGACAGUACCUUAGCCUGUGGCAGAGCCUGCCCUGCCCACUUCCACCCACCCUGAUGUCUGACCCUGCCUGACAACUUCUAGCAUUUUGGGAGCAGUUUCUGCUGCUUCCCAAUUUUUAGUGAAGACCCUCUUCUAUUAGGGAAAUUAAACAUGGAGGCAGAAAAAAAAUCAACAGGAGGCUGGGUAAAGGAAAGAAGUAGCUCAGGAAAAGGAAUCUGGUGGGGAGGGGUGGGGCGGCGAAGGAAACUCCCUUGUUUGGGAGGAAACUGACUUCUUUGUCAAGUUGGUCUCACUUCCCUCACUUCGAUCUUCUCCUUACUCAUAAGCACAUGCAUUUUUCCUGUUCCUGGGCUCCUAUAUUUGGAGAAAUCUGAUCAGAGAUGAGAUCCUACUCUGGGGAAGACUUUGGGAUUAAUGUUACCAAUAUCAACAAACUCUUAAGGGUUGGCUGGGGGACCAGGCACAAAAUCCAUGGAAGAGCAGGGUAGCCUGUGAGAUGAUGGCAACAAUUCUCUCUUGGACUACCCCCUCAAAGAAGGAUGGAAUUCAUUUUCUGCCUUCACUUUCCAACUGAGAAAAGCAUUUUCCCAUGAUCCCUUGGGACUGGGUUGGGAAGCUGUACCUCUUCAGUGUCCUUUUCUUGAAUUCAACUCCCUUCUAACCCAAUUCGUGGAUUUGCCUGACAAAGAAUUAGUGGGAGAAGGUCAUAGAUGUUUACACAUCCUACCUUUGUUUCAGGAAUGAGGAUGAGGAGUGGGGGAAGUGGCAGAUCUUAGGCAGAAAGCUCUUAAUGACAUUCUGGAUAUUCCUCAGGAUGUGGUGUGCACAUCUUGCUCCUCCCAUGGGCUGAUAAUGAUGGAAACUGAAUCAUACUGAAUUCAGUUGAAAACUAUUGUGGCUGCCAGCAGGAAAGAAGGAGGCUGUGAUGUUUAUUCAGAGCCUCUAAUUUAGGAAGGUACCUUCUUUCCCCUGGGUCUGAGACUUCACAUGUCAUAGUCCUAGGCUGGGCCCAACUUGCCUUCAAGUCCAAAGAGACUGAAAGUAUGCUUGCCUCUUGGGAGGUUAGGAUAAUCAGCUCCCCUUUGGGGUCACCCCACCCUGGCAUCCCAAUACAGGAGCAGCCUAGAGGUCCUAACAAGACUAUUGGGGAUUCAACAACUUGAGUAAAAUUCAUUGAAUACCAUAGCAAGGAGCAAAGGGGGGGUGUGACCAUGCAUUCCUUCUAACAUGCACUCUAAAGAAUUAAAUUCAGUCUCAUCCCCAUAACUCAAGUUACAGAAAGACCAGGGAAGUUAAGAAUGAGAAUGGGGUGGGGGGGCAGCUAGGUGGCUCAAUGGAUAAAGCACCGGCUCUGGAUUCAGGAGGACCUGAGUUCAAAUCCAGCCUCAGAUACUUGACACUUACUAGCUGUGUGACCCUGGGCAAGUCACUUAACCCUCAUUGCCCUGGGUGGAAAAAAGAAUGAGAAUAGUUGAGGCUGGUAGGAGAAAGAAGAAUAUAUUGGACUUCCAACUAACGGGAGACUUAAGGCUAAGGGAGAGGAGACAAGGAGAUGGGACUUCACUUAAAUCAGUUAAAUUUAUUAUUAAGCCUCUAUUAGGUGCUUAAUUGACAGUCAAUAAACAUUUAUUAAGUGCCUACUUUGUGCCAGGCACUGUGCUAAACGCUGGGGAUACAAAGAAAGGCAAAAGACUCCCUGCCUUCAAGGAUCUCACAGUCUAAUAUUAGUGGGAGACAACAAGCAAACUACUAUGUGCAAGUGAGCCACAUCCAGGACAAAUAGGAAAUAAUCAGCAGAGGGAAGGCACUAGAAUUCAUUAGAGCUUGAGGGGUUCCUAUAGAAGGUGGGACUUUGGUUGGGACUUGAAGGAAAUCCCAGAAUCUGGGAGGCAGAGAUGAGGAAGGAGAAUAUUUCAUGAAUGGGGCACAGCCAGAGGAAAUGUCCAGAGCUGGAAAAUGUUCAUGGAAUAGCAAGCAAGGAGGCCGUUGUCACUGGAUCUAAGAGUGUGUGUGUGAGGGGUGAUGGAAAGUAUAAGAAAAUUGGAAAGAUGAGGGAGAGAGACUGGGUGGGGCUAGGUUAUAAAGGGCUUUGACUACCAAACAGGAAUUUGGUUUUGAUCCUGGAGACACUGGAGUUUAUUGAGUAUGAGAAUGACAUGUUUGAACCUGUGUUUUGGCUGGCAGCUGAAUGGAGGAUAGACUAAAGCGGUAAGCAAACCAACAGCCUUAUUGCAAUACUCAAGCUAUGAAGUGAUGAGGGCCAGCACUGUUAGUUGCUUGAGGCUAUACAGAGUUUACUGAAAACACUGGAAUCCUGUGCUUAUGGAGUGUAUAGUCUGGUAGAAAGGUAAGACACAAGUAGGGAUGAUUAAACUAUGUAAUAGUACAUAAAUGCAUUAUAGAACUGCAAAACAAAUCCCAUGUGAGGGGAGAAAGUCAUCACCAGCAGGAGGAAUCACAGCAUCUCAGUGCAGAUAAAGCCAGACUGAAUUUUGCCUUCAAACCGGGAUGCCUCACUGAGCUAGCGUAAGUUAGAGCAAGGUGUUGUUAUCUUGAGCAUGGGAUGUUCAUAAAGGUGGUCCCCAAUUCAAUCCACAUAUUUACUAAGUCUUUCCUAUAUUCACAACAGUGUGAUAGGUACUACUUCCCUGCAAAUCAGGCAGAGAUCCGCAUUUCUGUCCUCAGGAGGAUGGGGCCAGAUUCUACCCCUUAUUAGGGGUCCUGGAAAGACUUCAUCACCCAAUUGUUGUUAGGAGAGGUAGCUGCUGGCGUUAGGGGAGGUAGUGUUUUGUUUUAAGGGAGAAGCCUGGUUCGGGGGAGUAACAGUAUUGAUGUCUCAUAGCCCGUUCAUAAGCCCAGGAAAUGGCCCAUGGGAAUGGCAUGAAGCCGAGGCCAUUGCAGGGCUCCCCUUGCCAACUAGCCCAUCUCUGCCAUCCCUGCCCCUGCUGUCUUGGCACACAGCCUUGCUCUAGAAAUGACACUGGUUUUUGAGCCCCUGCCCGUCUCUGUGACUUGUGAACGUUGCUGUCCUGUGUCUGGGGUUCAUUGUAUGAACUGUGAGCCGGGGCUCAUCUAUUUUAAACACAGAUGUUUACAAAAUAAAGGAAAUUUCAAACCACAACUGAGCUGCAACACAGCAGUCCUGAGAUAGUCUCAGUGAGAGGGGACUGGGCAUUUAGGGUUGGUAUAAAGGUGGGGGAGGGUCUAGGUGCCCUAAGUCACUGCGCUGUGAUUCUUGCUGUAGUUUUUCUGAUGUCACCUAUAAGGAAGUCCACUUUGGAAGCUGCAACAUCUCUUCCUAUCCUCCUGAGAAAUGGGCUUAAAAUUAUAGGAUUUGGGUGAGACACAAGGAAGAACUUCCCAACAUUGAUUUGCUAAAAAAGGUUCCUGGCGGAGUUUAAUUAUGAUCAUCACCUCUGGAAGGUCUUUUAAGACUAGCAUUCAUUUUUAAUUUUGGGGGAGUAGAAUGGUGUCUAUCUGCAUGAAACACAGAGAAGGGAUUAAAUGAUCUUUCAAGCCCAUUUCAACCUUGUAUUGGAUACUUCAGGGAAGCAGAAGCAAAAAUUAAGCAUUCUUUUUUUUCUCCUUUCCACCCCACCCUCGCCCCCCCUGAAAAGAAAGAACCUUUAUAUCACAUAACCAAGCAAAAUGUUAGUCACGUUAGUCACAUCCCAAAAUGCAUUUCUUCUUUGGCAAAUUAGUCUAUCAUCUCCCAAUCAGAUUGGCAGCAUUUUUCCUUACUGGUCCUCUGGAAAAUGCUUUAUCAAUUAGUUGAUCAGAGUCCUGAAGUCUUUCAAAAUUAUUCAUUUUUCUAAUAAUGAUGCUAUAGUAUAGAUUGUUCUUUUAGGCUUUGCUCAUCUCGCUCGGCAUCAGUUCAUACAAGUCUUUCCAUGUCUCUUCAAAACUGGCUUUUCCCUCUUUUCUUACAGCACGUUAGUAUUUCAUUAUAAUCACCACCCUCUUGGUUUUCAGGUUUUUUGCCCCCACAGAAAGCUGCUCUGAAUACUUCAAUGAGCUGAAGCUGUUUGGGGUGGAGAUGGGGAGGAGUGGGACAGAAAUAGGAAGAGGUAAUAUAUCUGGAUUUGAGUUUGAAUCCUGCCUUUCUACCUGUGUCUCAUCACCUGGAAACAAGGGGUUGGGACUACAUGAUUUCUAAGCUUUCACAUGCAAAAACACAAGCCUGAACACUGAUAACCAGAUACCUUACAUGUCCCAAAUAUUGUAUAGUGCAGAAGUUUUUCACAUCAAUUAUUUUAUUUGCACGAAAGUCCUGUGAGGUGGUCAGGGCAACUAGUCUUACCUCCAUUUUAUGGAUGAGAAAACUAUGAUCUGAAAGACCAUAAGUAGAAUAGCUAGAACUGACGUAUUCUGACAUAUUCCAUUCAAAAUGCUUUUUCUGCUAAACCAAAAGGAAAGUCCUGUGAAUUAUCUUGUCCUCUAAACUUAGUGGCACACACUCACAGUUAUAUGUUGCCACCUGAAUAACUUAUUUUCCUGAAAAGUGGGAUGAGACUAGUAAGGGGCAGGGCAGUACUCUGGGUAAAGAUGAGUGGACCUAAGGAGAGAUGAUAACAGGACUAAAAACUCAUGCUGUUCUGGGGCAGAGGGAUUACAAGGGAGUAGAUAACAGAAGGUUCAAGAAGACCUUAGGGAGUAGUGGGAAAACAUGAAAACAAGUCCAGGGCAUGUUGGCAUUGUUACAGUUUAGCCCAUUGUCAACUGGCAAAUACUAAUUACUUGGUUGCCUGGUAGGGAGAUUCCAGAGAUUCCUCCUUCCCAGCUUCAGUAGGGGGCGCAGUGCACCCCUAAUUCUUGCUAGCCCUACUUUAGGUAAUCCUGCCCUUAAGAAAAAUUGGUUCUUUCUGGCUAUCUGCACACGUGUCUGGCAGGUGUGUGCCAGACCCAGGUUGAAAAAGGGAGAAGAGGAUGGACCCUUUCUGAAGAAUCAACUCUCCAGGGCUUCAAGCAGGGAUGGAACACUUGCCAGGGUAUUUUCCUUCAGUCCCUCCCCAGAAUUGCAAACACUUUAAUUCAUUUCAUUUUAACAUUUAUUAAAUGCUAAUUAUGUGCUUGGCAGGAUUUUUUUUUUUAAACUGGGCUUAUGAUUUCUUAGUGUAGGAAGCUUUUGGUGAAGAGCUUCUCUGUCAAUACAAAUCAUUAAAUCUGCCACUUCCAGAUUUAGAGAAUUCUGUUGUUGAGUCAUUUUCAGUCAUGUCUUUGUGACCCCAUUUAGGGUUUUCUUAGCAAAAACACUGGAGUGCUUUGCCAUUUCCUUCUCCAGCUCAUUUUAUAGAUAGAUUAGGAAACUGAGGCAAACAGGGUUCAGUGACUAGCUCAGGAUCAUAAAUGUGGUAAGCGUCUGGACCAGAUUUGAACUCAGAAAGAUGAGCCUGUCUGACUCCAGGUCUGGCCCUCUACUUCAUCUCCUAGCUGCCCUUAGAGAAUUCACUGGGGCACUAAUAGGUUAGGUAAUUUUUCCAGGGUCACAGAUCAUAAGAUUAUAGAUACAGAGCUGGAAGGGGCCUUUAGAGGUCAUUGAGUCCAGCCCCCUUAUUUUACACAGGUGUCUGAACCCCACAAAGAGAGAGGUUAAGCGAUUUGCCUAAGGCCACACAGCUAAUAAAUGUCUGAAGUAGGAUUGGAACUCAAGUCUUCCUGACUCAAAUCUACUCCACUGCCCACAGUUUCUAAAAAGGCAAACAUAGGAAUUUCCCCACGAGGGAUCCAAAGCUUGGUUUCCUCUGCUAUAAGGAGAUACUCGGGGGCAGCUAGGUGGUGCAGUGGAAAAAGCACAAGUCCUGGAUUCAGGAAGACCUGAGUUCAAAUCCAGCCUCAGACACUUGACACUUACUAGCUGUGUGACCCUGGGGAAGUCACUUUACCCUCAUUGCCCCAUAAAAAACCGAACCAAAACAACAACAACAACAAGACGUAAUUAGGAUAUACUCAACUCUACUAAAAAGGCUAGAUUUGAACUCAGGUUAUCUGACUCUGAGGCCAGACCUCUAACCAUUAGAUCAGGAUAGAAAGGCAAAUAUGAAAAGCAGUUCUGAUAUACUUACUUCUCCAUCCUCUCUCAGAAAAAUAAAAAACUUCCCUUGGCACAAAUUAAAGCAGUUAAACAUAACCGAUCAAAAAAAGCAAUCCAGUAUGGAAACUUAUGCUACAUUUUAUAUCCAUUAUACCUCACCUCUGUACCCUGGAGGCAUGUGAGUCACUCCUAUUCUUUGGAAACAAGGUUGUUCAUUGCAAUUAAUCUAAGGUCGGCUGCCAUUUACUGAUAUUUUCAUUUACAUUAUUGUAUGUUGUUCUCUUGUGAGCCUUGAACUCUUCAGAAGAAAGGUAUUAUUCAAAUCCAAGGCAUUAAUACAAUUAUCUUUUUUUAUUCCUCUGUUGGACUUUCAAAGUAUCAGAACUCAAGAUCACUUUUUUUUUUAACUCAAGAUCACUUAACUGUGUAUUGUUUUGGGUUUUGUUUUUUUGGUGUUUUUUAAAGUGACUUGCUCAAGGUCACACAGCUAGUAAGUGUUAAGUGUCUGAGGCCAGAUUUGAAUUCAGGUCCUCCUGACUCCAGGACUGGUGCUCUAUCCACUGCCCCACCUAGCUGCCCCAAGAUCACUUAACUGUGAAUUACACUGGAAAUCUCCCAGGUGAUUCUGAUUGGAUCUAGAACCACAGCAGCCUGAAUCCUAGCUACACUGCUUCUUCUGGGGUGCACAAGCUCCCUUAUAAGCAUCUUUGGAACUGACCCUUUGUCUGGGAGAUAAUGGACAGUGUUUUUACAAUUCAUGUGCUCAUUUUGUUUCGCUAACAUUUAUUACAUGCCUAAUAUGUGAGAAAGCACUGUGCUAGACCCUGUGGGAGACGCAAAAUAAGACAAUCUCUUCCCCCAAAGAGCUUACAAUGGAAAGGGGCACUGGAUAGAGUCUCAGAGCUGAAGGUACCUCAGAAGUAAUUUAGUCUAAUCUGACCUGAAUGGGAAUCUUCCCUGCAUUUCCACAAGUGGUAGUCAUCCAGCUUCCAUCCGUUCCAAGGUUGGGCAGCUCCAAUAGGAAUCUUUUCCUUACAUAAAACUGAAAACUGCAUCUCUCCAACUUCUUCCCUUUGUCCCUAGUUCUGCCCCCUGGGGCCAAGAAGACUAAAUCUAAUCCCUUUUCCAUUUGAUUGUCUUUCAAAUACCAUGACAGUUACAUGUCACCACUAAAUGUUUUCUCCCACGAGUCCUCAAUUUCUUCAAACAAUGCUUUUGUAAAAGGAGGAUAACCCUACGGACUCAACUCUGUUGUUUGUUUUUUUUGUCAAGUGAAACAGCAUUUCACUGAAUCCAUCAGAAUUUGAACAAAGUGGGAACACAGUCUGGGCAACACUGUCAGUCAACUAACUGACAGGAAUUUUAACUAGGUUUGACAGGAAGUCUGUUUAGUUGGGUCACACCCUGUGGAUCUUCUAUUAGUCCAGUUCAGAACCAAAGAAACUCGAGAAUCUGACAGUGGAGAGAAGCCUCCAGUGAAACCCCUGAGAAGAAAUCCCUUCUGGGUGUGUGGGUUGGGGGAGAACAGCCAUUCUGCCUCAGUUUCUUUCCCUCCACAACUUGACUAGGGGAGGGCCUAAUAAACUUCAGAGGACAGGAGUAUUUUGACUAUCAAACAUCCUUAGCAGCAUUCCCAGGAUAGCCAUAGCUGGUGCUCAUGUCUGCACUAGGAGUCAAAGUGUGGCUGACUAAUUGAUAAACAUGUAAGGAAGCAAAUUUGUGGGGGCUCUUGAGCAUUAGGAAAACUACCCCUAGUCCCUCAAGGCUAACUCUGUGACCCUGAGUAUAUGUAGUAGUCUUGAUUUUGGGGGGGCGGGUCUAGCCUGCUAGUGCAAGUGAGAGUUUGGGACAGUCUUUCCAAAGUAUUCACUACAUUUAUAUGGCAUGAUUUCCAUUCUGGUCAUGUUACAGUCUUUCAGUGUCUUUUUAAAAGUGAAGCAAUACACAAGUGAACACAGUAAAUCAGAACUGUCAGUAAGGGACAGUAGAUGCUCCCUUAAUGCAGUCUAAAGUUACACCAUGGUGUUCUAGAAUCAAAGUUAUAGGUGACCCAUAGGAGAAAAGAGAGGCACACAGUGGGCAUAAAGGAAAUGUUGGGCAAGGAAAAGAUGUUGGUUGGUCCUAUAAUGAGAGCAAGGGAUAACAUGGACAACUAGAGUGCUGCAGUGGUACUUACACAAUGUUAAAUAAUCUAGAGAAAGGUGUCCUUCUCAUUAGGUAGAUCUUUUCUGGAGGAUUUUUGGAAGGACAUGGGUAAGACUCAACCAGAAUGAGAAGUCUUGGAUAGUAUAGUAGUCCAGGUCUUACCAGGCCAGUCUGGUGCUUCAGGGUUGAGAUUAGGACAAAACAAAACACUUAUGAAACAUUCACAAACGAACAAAAGGACACUUGCUGUACCAUGGCAAGGGAAGGAUAUUCAAAGAAGGGAAAUUCAUUGAAAAUAUAGCCUUAAUUAAGUUGCUUGAGGCUUCCCUUCUCCAUGUUGCCCAUGAUGGUCUGCUGGAAAGAAGCCUGAGGAGGAGAAGGAGCUCCUUAUACCCUGGGUUGUUUUUUUAUACCAGGUGACCAGGGAACUGGUCAAUUGGUUUAGUCUCCUAAACCGAUUAAGUCUCAAGGGUUGUUUCAAUACUUUUUAAAAAAUUAUUUAUUUUUUUGCGGGGUAAUGAGGAUUAAGUGACUUGCCCAGGGUCACACAGCCAGUAAGUGUCAAGUGUCUGA